AUGCUGUUGUCAGGCGGCUUCUCCUGGGUGUACCUUGCGCUGCUGUUGGCCUUGCUCACCUUCAACUCCGUCAUGGCGGUGUACCACUCCAAGGGCGACGCGGCCAUUGUCGCCUUCGUCGCCACCUCCUACCUCGACCUGGUGCUGCUCUUCUGCUGCCUCUGGCUCUACGACAGAGCGGUGGCGGGGUCGGCGUGGAGGAACCGGCUCAAGGCGUCGGUGUGGACUCUCACCACACUGCUCACCUUCUCCUUCGCCUACAUGGUCAUGGGCACGGCCGGCCUCACCCUCCCCGUCGCGCUGCUCGUGUGGUUCAUCGCCGCGGCGACCGGGAUCGGUGCCUUCUCCGCCUUCUUCGAGCAGGGCAGAAUCAACCCAGCUCCGGGUGAACCCAUGUUGCCGUCACCGGUGUAG